CAUUGGGCCUCCUGACUUGGGUUUGUUAGGGCUGUCUAUCUUUCCCAUCUGGUACUCGUAUUUCAGUACGGAACAUCACGAGUGAUCACCGGAGCUCGAAGCGAGUCAGUGGGAUAGGGUUCUGGACACUCGUGGAGCGCCAUGGCUUCUCUUUUCAAGGAUCAAACGAAGCUUUCAGCUUAUAGGGAUCGAAAGUUCUUGGGAACACAAGAAGAAUUCGAAUAUACACUUCAAACCUCAACCACUGUUUACAUUGGUAACAUGUCCUUCUAUACAACUGAAGAGCAAAUUUACGAGCUUUUCUCUCGAGCUGGAGAAAUUAAGAAGAUAAUCAUGGGAUUGGAUAAGAACUCCAAGACACCUUGUGGCUUUUGUUUUGUCCUAUUUUACUCAAGAGAAGAUGCAGAGGAUGCAGUCAAAUAUAUAAGUGGGACAAUUCUUGAUGACCGUCCUAUACGUGUGGAUUUUGAUUGGGGGUUUCAGGAAGGCAGGCAAUGGGGCCGUGGACGAAGUGGUGGACAGGUGCGGGACGAAUAUCGUACUGACUACGAUCCAGGCAGAGGUGGAUAUGGAAAAUUAGUACAGCGAGAGCUGGAAGCACAAAGGCAGCUUGUAGAUUAUGGUACUGGGUCAUUGGGCUCUUUCCCACCAGUUAUGGCACCUCAUUAUGGAAGACACAGUGGAGGCCACGGUGGUGGUUCUAGGCAUGGUAGAGAUUACCAUCGGAAGAGGCAUCGAGAUGACGAUCGACAUGCUCAUGAGUCUUCAAAGAGAAAUAUUGAUCAUGACUCUAGGAGAAACUUUGAUCAUGACUCUAGACCGGAAAAGAAUCCACGUUUUCGUGAGAGUGGUGACUCCGAUGAUGACGAGGAAGAUGAUCAAAAGCAACGAUCAUAACAUCGCUGUUAUAGGGGCACUCAUGGAGCUGAUAAGGAUGUAAAAUGUUCUAGUUGGGAUGUUACUGAUCAUGUAUUCGUACAACUACUUGAGAGCUAAAUAUUUUCAUUUCGGGGAA